AUGUCACCUGCGACGGAGUCGUCCAGUCAGUUCGAGCUUUCUCAUAUGGGAUCCGGUAGCCCUUACUACGAUCAUCAAUUGGCCGGAGGUGAUGUGAGAAAAAUAUUACAACGCUUUCGGUUCGAUGGACUGGCCCGUUCAACCAUCUUAUAUCUUCUCAGGCCGGAAAAUAUCAUCCAGUUCUCCAAAAUAGCCACGGUGAAUAAAAUCGUCCUCCAAACCGAAUUAGAUCGCGUCUAUCCAGAGCAGUUGCGGUCGAAUGCACCGAGAUUAACUCAGGCGCCGGAAAUGUGUUAUCCAUUUGGUGUUCCUAAUCUCGGCUCUAGCCAAUCUCAAUUGUCGACCUCGACAGACCCGGGCACCGCCACAACCGAAUUUUACACGCCAGAACUCGGAAGCCAGUUUCAAGGACGAAAUCUGCAUCCGAAUUGGAUGUCUCCUCCGGAAGGGAUGAAGGCGAUGACUUCUAGGGAUACGGCCAUUCACAGGAACAAUCCCCCGAUCGCCUUGACGAACACCCGCUCUGCGCAGCCUCAAGGGCUGGAUUCGCUUCUGGCCCCAAACCCAACAAUGAUAGCCUCUUCGUAUCUCCAAUAUCCCCUAUCAGAUGCUCCGAGACCGUCUGAUGUUGCCAAUGCUGGCAUGCAUAACAUGGCGCCGAAUUCUACAAUCUACUACAGCACAGGUGGAAACCCAGUACUAGGAUAUGAAUCACUGGUGGAUAUCGCUGGUUCGACUCAUCUGCUAGGCCACGAAAGCACCGCUAAAAAGGACCAGGACAAGUAUCCCUGUUCGGAGCCAGGUUGUUCAAAGGAGUUUGUGCGCCCAGUCGAGCUGAGGAACCACUUGAAAGGGGACCACGAACAGGACGACACCUACUUCUGUCAACACCAAGAUUGUACCUUCGAGAAUCACCGGCAUGCGUCCUGGGCACGACACCACAGCAGGGAACACAACUCAUGCAAGAAGGGCGACGCGUGUGUCAAGACCACCCACAAGCGAAAGAAAAUGUACUGGGGCUGUUCGAUCUGUGUGCACCUGUCGAUCGAUGUGACCUCCCAUGUUGAACACCACCUGCGUCAUUUCAAGGACGGAUCGACACGAUCUAGCGAUAUCAAAUAUUCCACCAUGAUUCUGAGCCUGCUCUCCCAAGAAGCAACCCAGGAUGAAUGGGAAGAACGCUGCAAGGGGAUGUCCAUCCAGGAUGGUAAAUAUCACCGUUCGCUGACGUCCUCCACCUGCGGGAACAUUCGAGAGGCGCUCGAGUAUGGGAAGUAUCGAGACCUCGAUCUUUCCCAGCCUAAUGUUGCAGAUCAACUCCUGGACGAAGUGGUUAGCUUGAUAUCCCGCAAACGCAAAAGGGACGUGUCUGGUAUGCCGAAUCUCGACAACUCAUAUUAUGCCUUGUCGUACCCUGGUCCCAGUCCCGCGAACAAUGAUACAGUUUUCUUCAAUGCCAAUCCCGGAUUCGAUGAACCCUACUGA